AUUGCUAUCUCUCGCCGCAAGAUCCCUCUCUCUCUCUCUCUGUCUCUCUCUCUCUCUCUCUCUCUCAAUCUGUGCAUACUCUUGGGUCACUUUGCCUCCUCUUUAAAGUGUUCGAUAUACACCAAGAGUGUGAGUCGCAAUAGCAGUCCUGGUUUUAACGGAAUGCUUUAGAUUCUGCACAGAGUGUUAAGAGAUGUUUGGUUUUUUUCUCGGAAAAGAUGUCAGGAAAAUUCUCAAGCGAAAGGAUAGUGACGCUGGCGAAAGAGGUAGAGCAAUGGAGGAAUUGCGUGCUUCUGUGUUUAGCAAAUUACGGUCAUUCGGUGGUGCAAAGCGUCAGCAACAAUCCUUGUUGGGGCCCACUGUUGCUCUCACUUUCAAUUUUUUCGUUUCUGUUAGUAUUAUUUUGAUGAACAAAUUGGUACUUGUCAAUGUUGGAUUUAAUUAUCCAAUUUUCUUGACUUUUAUUCACUAUAUAUUUAGUUGGAUGAUAAUGGCUUUGCUAAAAGCUCUGUCAAUCCUUUCUCUAUCUCCUCCAUCAAGGGCAACAAAGUACUCUUCAUUGUUGUCGCUCGGUAUAGUCAUGUCUCUCUCCACUGGCCUUGCAAAUGUUAGCUUGAAAUAUAAUAGUGUUGGGUUUUAUCAGAUGGCUAAGAUUGCCGUGACACCAGCAAUUGUUUUAGCUGAAUUCAUUCUCUUCCACAAAAAAAUUUCAGUGCAGAAGGUGCUUGCGCUUACCGUGGUAUCAAUUGGUGUUGCUGUUGCUACGGUGACCGAUCUUCAAUUUCAUUUUUUCGGUGCUUGCAUAGCAGUAGCAUGGAUAAUACCGAGUGCAGUUAAUAAAAUACUUUGGUCCAAUCUACAACAAGAAGAAAACUGGACCGCCCUAGCGUUAAUGUGGAAGACCACACCUAUUACUUUAUUCUUCCUUGUGAUGUUGAUGCCAUCACUUGAUCCUCCUGGUGUCCUGUCUUUUAAUUGGAACCUCUAUAACUCUUCAAUUAUUGGUGGUUCGGCUAUUCUUGGUUUCUUACUUCAAUGGUCCGGUGCCCUAGCACUCGGGGCAACCUCUGCUACCACCCAUGUUGUUCUUGGACAAUUCAAAACUUGUGUCAUUCUUCUUGGGGGCUUUCUUCUCUUUGGUUCAAAUCCUGGAACAACUAGCAUUCUUGGAGCAGCCACAGCUCUUGUUGGUAUGUCAUUCUACACUUACCUUAACUUGCAUUCAAAGCACCAGUCAGCCAAAAGUUCUUCGCGACAAUCUUCAUUCUCAAUAUCAAAGUCGAAGCUCGGGAAAGAAAAUGGUGAGAGCCAUGAUGGAGGUGGUGGAGAGGAAUGUGUCUAGUAGACUGGUGACAUGUUUGGUAAAGUGGAAUAGAUACUAGACUGCAUUAAAAGAAGUUAACAGCUUAUCUAUUAAAUGGUUCAGUGAAAAGGGUAUUUUAUUUGAUCGAUUUUACUAACCUUGGACCAAUAUAGAUUCUACCAGCUUCACCACCCCCGCGAGAUUCAAGUAUUCUGCUGAUAAUUUUGUAUGAAUAUUUUAGGAAAGGCUUCUAUACGCAAUUUACAAAUUUUUAGUUGCUUCAAAUGCUCACAGAAAAAUGUACACUGCCACACCUUUUUGUGUUAAACAUAUUUUAUUGCUGAUAACUUCAAUG